AUGCUGUCGUACAGCGCCGUGGAGGACGAGGACGCGGGGCACAUGGGGUGCGCGCACGCGUAUUACGGCGUCGCGACGUUGCUCGCGGGCGCGUCGCAGCCGUUGAACGCGUUUCUUCGCGCGGAUAAACCCGACGCGCCCGACGCGGCGACGUCGACGCCGCGGAAGCGGUGGGAGUGGACGCACCGGAUCACCGGGGUCGGGAGUUUGUCGUUCGCGUUCGCCGCGAUCGUGACCGGGCUGGACGAGGCGAAGGAGAGGGGCGCGGCGCGCGGCGCGAACGUCGCGGGGGGCGCCUACGCGGCGUGGGUCGUCGCGUGCGUCGCGGCGACGAUCGCGUUGGAGGCGAAUAGGUACCGGGAGCGGAGAGGCGGAGGGUCGGGGAGGAAUUUCGUGGAGCUGUCGGACAUGACCGAGGACGGGGACGGGGCGAGGUUCGAGCGCGCGGCGGCGAGAGGCGGCGGCGUCGUGUUGUCGAGCGGGCAGUAG